AUGUCGACAAGUGGAGUUAUUUCUGCGGAUCGAGAUGCCGAAGACUCAACAGCGACUGAACUGGUGAAAGAGCGUGCUCUUCAAGAAAAAUUGACUGAAACUGUUAUUCGUCUCGACUCUAGAGACCUUAAUUUUAUUAUUCAAGCUGGAAAGGCGGAAACACCUUCGUCAUCUCACGCACCUCCGGCCACUCAUGCGUUCAAGAAAGAAGGUUUUGCCCGUCAGUACCAUUUCAACAAUGAUAUUAUUCGAAACCUCACACCAUUGCAGAAUGUCGAAGGUAACAAUCUUGUAGUACUUGAGUUCGAUGAUAUCAGUACCGUUCUCAACGUGCUUCCAGAGCAAGGUUUCAUGACCAUUUUCGAUCUUGAAAGCGGUUGUCAUCAUGUGCGAAUUUUAGAAGGACACACGCGAUAUUUGGGAUUGAAAUGGGAAAGUCGUAUGUUCAAAUUUAAUCAAAAGGCGGAUAGAGCUAGUCGUAUGAUAGACUGUGAUGAUUGGAGAGUAUCAGACUGUAUCUUUGAAGCCAUCGCCCGCAAGUGGAGAGAACCUCAGUGCGAUAUGUUCGCUAAUGAUAGAAAUAUGAAGAGCGAUAUGUUUUUUCCAGGUACCAGUGUCCCGGUAUAUCAGGAAUUGACGCAUCCGUCCACUCAGACCGAUCCGCAUGGACUUCUUUGGUUAGCUCCAAUCAACAUGACAUGA